AUGCUAAAUAUGAAGACAAAAGCAGUAAUAGUAGCCAGUUUAUCUGUGCUAUCAGUAGCAUUUUUAUUUAUUGAUAUUGAUACACUGUCUAGAGAAGUGAUGGCUUUUUUAUCCCUGGAGGCCAUUCUGGGAAUCAUUGGAAUAAUGCUGAAGGAUGCAGUGUCGAAUAAAGCAACUCUUGCCAGCAUCCUGGCAGCAUUGCACAUCGUAAUAUAUACAGGAGAGAAUUCUCUUUUUUCCAGAUACGCCAAGCUUGUCCAAAUCAUGCCUGUUCUAGCCAGCACAUCAAGAGUAUUCACAAAAGCCCAAAAAAAUAUUGAAGACGGGAAUUUUAGUGCAAAGCCAUUGCAGCCAAUAAAUCCUCCACAGAGGUUAAUAAAGCCGUACCAUCCAAUAAUAUCGCAAAAAAUGCUGCCCAAGCGAGCAAAUACUUCUAAUCCAGCAUCAUCCCAAGCAAAGCUGCAAGCAUCAGUGCUAGUUCAUCCAAUAAGUUUACGUCCAGCACCUUCUAACUUAAUGCAUUCCCAUCCAGCACCACCUAGCGCACUGAAUGCAUAUCAUGUAGCACCGCGCCCAGUGACUGUAAGAUCAGCAGAUUUGUCUAGCAAUCCAAUGAUGUCUAAUGCAGCUAAAGUGAGAGAUGUACCUCCAAAUCCACCCAAUUCAGCUAAUUUGCAUGCAGCAAUAAACUCUCUUCCAAUGGUAGCUAAGCCAGCACCUCCAGUGCAGCCAGCAGGUACAUCUCCAACACCGCCCAAUACACGUAAUCCGUCUCCAAUAAUAGAUGAUAGUUCAGCAGCACAGCCCAAAAAAGAAUCACAUCAAAAGGAGCCUGGUGUAGAAGUUCUGUCUCCAGAGCAUGCCCCUACAAAGACAGAGCGUAAACUAAUCCAUCUUCCAAAGAACCCUGACUCAGCGACUCCCUAUGCAAUACCGCAUCCAAUGGUAGCUAAAACAUUAGGUAUACGGAUAGUAUGCCCUAAUGGAAAAGUUCUGACUCCAGUGCGCAUUGAUUCUGCAAAACUAUCACCAGGCUCUCUACUAUCUGAACCUCAAAUAGUAAGAACUCGUCCCAACCCACCAGGGCCUCAGAUAAUGCCACCCCAUUCUAGUUUAGUAAGAUGA